UAACAUUACAGCUCCAUGCUUUAAACGUUAUGUUAAUUUUGAUCAUUCAGCAUAUUUAAAUUCUGCUAUUGAAUUUUUAAAAUUGUAAUCAUUUAUUGGUUUAUUUGAUGUUGACGUCUUUGAUUAGUAAGUUAGCUUGUCCAAGCUAACUGGCCCCAUAAGUAAUUUGAACUGUCUUUAUGUUUUAGAAGUACGUUACAAGGUCUUAUUCCCUGUCUUAGCGGUGUGGGUUUUGCUGAUAGAUCUGAAACAGUCCAUGUGCAGUUAUAAUGAAGUGAAAGUAAACGCUCCUGUCAGCUUAGUUUCGGACUGUCACCUGACUGCUACAGACCAUUUCAGCAGCACCAGCUCCAUGAUUAGUCAUCCUAAAUUGGGAGUAACUCUUCAAAAUUCCAGAAUGACAGCAUCCCUCCUGUGUUUCCUCCUGGUGGCUCCGGUGCUGCUCGUUGCCGGAAUCCCAGUUUAUAAAUCGGACAAUGGAACCGUACCACUGGUGAUUUGGCAUGGAAUGGGUGACAGCUGUUGUAACCCGCUCAGCAUGGGUUCCAUAAAGAAGAUGAUCGAGGAGGAAAUCUCUGGCAUCUACGUGCUCUCACUGAUGAUUGGGAAGAAUGUCGUUGAGGACACAGAAAAUGGAUUUUUCCUGAAUGUGAAUGAGCAGGUGUCCAUGGCGUGCAGUCAGCUGGCCCAGGACCCUCAGCUGAAGGGAGGAUACAACGCCAUGGGCUUCUCCCAGGGGGCGCAGUUUCUGAGAGCCGUGGCUCAGCGCUGUCCCUCUCCACCAAUGAAAACCCUGAUCUCUGUCGGUGGCCAGCACCAAGGAGUGUACGGGCUGCCUAGGUGUCCCGGAGAGAGCUCCUAUAUCUGUGACAUGAUACGCAAAGCUCUGAACAGCGGAGCUUACACUGACUUGGUUCAGAAACACCUGGUGCAGGCCCAGUACUGGCAUGACCCGCUGAAUGACGACCUGUACAAGAAGCACAGCCUCUUCCUGGCCGACAUCAAUCAGGAGAGGGCUGUCAAUGAGACGUAUAAGAAGAAUCUCCAGCUGCUGGAGAAGUUCGUCAUGGUCAAGUUCCUGCAAGACACCAUGGUGGACCCCGUCGAUUCAGAGUGGUUCGGCUUCCUGAAAACUGGACAGAGCAAAGAGACUGAAACUCUUCAGGAGAGCCUUCUCUACACGGAGGAUCGUCUGGGCCUGGCCGCCAUGGACAAAGCUGGAAAGCUGGAUUUUCUUGCGACCAAGGGAGACCACCUGCAGUUCUCCAGAGAGUGGUUCAAUGCAAACCUGCUGCCUUAUUUACAGUAAAAACACUUCCAGUCAGUUAUCUGAGUUAAUACAUUAUCAGACUUCAACAACUAUUCUGUUAUAAGAGCAAUAUAAUGCAAGCUAAGAGUAACAGCUUACUGACUCUGACGGAUUCAGAACUCCCAUAAUCCAUUCCUUUUGCACUGAUUAUUUGUCGCAUUUGUUAUGUUAACUUCAGGAAAUGUUUUGUGAUUGCAUUAUUUCCACUGUGAGCUUUUAUGAUGAUCAUGUUUUGAUUCCUAGAUGUUGUGUUUUUUAUGAGUUGUAGGAGCCUAAUGUACAUCAUCUAACAGCCUCUGUACAGACGAUGUGUUUAAUCCAAUAAAAACAAAAGCACAUUA